AUGCGACUCUGGCGCGACGUUGAGAUGACAGAGGUGAUGCAUCAGACUGAGGUUUUGUCGUUGCUACAGCAGCACCAGCUACAACGAUUGCUCGAUUGCGAUGAGUUGCACCGUCGACGACUUGCCAGUGGUUCAUUUGCGGCUUUUGAAGAAGCUGCGAUCGACUUCCGCCCAAGCUACAAAUUUCGCCCUAUGAGCAAGUCAAACAAGGACGAAGCAAUGCAAGAUGUCAAACUCCUUGAAGCUCUGCGUGGUCAGUAUGAUGACAAGCGCACGCCUGCGUGGUGUGACCGCGUAAUCUGGCGUGCCCGGCGAAAGGUGAAGCAAGAAGGCUUGCUGCGAUAUGAGCUGCUUGACAGCACUACGUUCUCCGACCAUCGACCAGUCAGGCUGUGCAUGCAGAUUUGCAUCCACGAAAUGAGCCUAGAGGACCUCAGGCGUGUAUGCUCGGAAUAUGAGUUAAAGCGAAGUGCUUCGCUUCGCCUUUUGCGGAGUGGAUCUUCUUUCGAAGAGGCGGCUGAAGAAACAGAGGUAUCUCUGACCAAGGCCGCGCUGUGA